CAACCAAAUCAAUUUUCGAACGCAGUCAGUAUAUGCGACUUUACCGCGUUAUUUAUCUGUAACUUGAAAUUUUACUGAUGAUAAACAAGUUGUAGUGGAAUUGUUCACAAUGUUUCGCACAGUUAUUUUACAAGUACGGAAUCAAGUUGCCCGGUUAAAUAAUGUACGACACUUUACGCAAGAAAUGAACGAGACUGCAAAUAUAGAAAAGUGUGUAAAUAAUGUAACAUUACUUGGAAGAGUUGGAGCAGAUCCUCAGAAACGUGGCUCUGAGCAUCCAGUUGUAUUAUUUUCCCUUGCAACACAUACAAAUUAUAAAUACGAAUCAGGUGAAUUUAUGCAAAGAACAGACUGGCACAAGAUAUGUAUUUUUAAGCCUAAUUUAAGGGAAUCUGUAUAUAAAUAUUUAAAGAAAGGUCAACGAGUAAUGGUAAAUGGUAGGAUAAGCUACAGUGAAUUUAAAGAUGCAGAAGGAAAAGAUGUUCUCGCUACAUCUAUCAUAGCAGACGAUAUAAUAUUUUUCCAAUAAAAAGUUUUAC